AUGCCCAUCUACAAAAACAAUGAGAAACAACAAGAUGGUUCUCAAACACAUGCAGCACCGGAGGUUCCUGAAGCUGCAAAUUUUCGAGAGAAAGAUUUAGAGAAUGUUGACUUAUUAGACAUUAUGUUUAAGGACAUUGCGGCCACAAGAGGUUUAGCAUGGGCCCCCACUUCAGGUGUGUUACCAGAUGAUCUUGAGACACCUAAGGAAGGGUUAGGUGAUACUUCUGCUGACUCAUCUUCUCCAAAUGAUGAUGAUGAUGUUCAUGAAGAUGAGACUCCUAACCACACACAACCACCUAACCCAACACAAAACAAAGGAAAGAAGCGAGUUUUACUAUCAUCCACACAGAGCAAAGGGAAGAAAGGAGGAACGGCAUUACAGUUGACACAACAGCUUUGUCGUAUCUGUGAUGUUGUGAAGUUAAGGAACUCAGCUUUUUCAAUGGAGCCAAGUAGUACUAUUCGUAAUGUCAUGGAACGCGUGUGCACCUUAGAUGGCAUUGAGAAGGGUUUCGAACUCUACCUCAUGGCAGCACGUAUUUUUCAGAAACGAGAGAAGAGAGAGAUGUUUGUCGUGAUGGAAGAACUAUAUUUACAACUUCAGUUUCUGCAAGAGGAGGCAAGAUUGUUAGGAGGGCACUACUUUGGCACUUAG